AAUAAACUAAAUGUCUAGUAUCGGGUGAUCCACCUUUAAAUAAAGUGUCAGAUAGUUAUCCAGCGGAAUUAUAUAACACUGUUGCUGCUGUGAAUCUGUCGUAUUAUUAAUUAGUAAUAAAUAGAAGAAGCGCACUACUUAGUCUUUCUGUGAAGAAUAAAGAUAUGUGAAUUUUUCAGUUCAUGAAACGAGAGUUAUUAUUCACGGUUAUUAUACAUUAUUUUAGUUUAAUUCGUGGAUUUAUGAAAAACUUUUCCUCUGAAAAAAAAACACGAACAAAAUGUAUGUCGUCAGAUUUCUAAACUUGCAACUUUUGUUUAAAUACGUAUGAUUAUGGCACUUGAAGAGGUGCAAAACGGUGUAAAUAAAGCUUCUAAAAGUGACAACCAUGAAAGUGAUACAAGCUUUCUACUUGAGAAGUAUAGAGAGAAGAAUAAAUUGCCAGAAGAUGAUAUAAGAAUGUUGCGGGAUAUGAGAGUACAAUUAAUUCACGAAGUGCCACCUCAACACAAAAUUGAAAAAAAUGCUGGAUCUCACGCUCUAACUAAACAAGAAAAAAAACAGUUCCAAGAAUUUGCUAAAUUGAAACAAGGUUUUUUUACUGCUGAUGAAGAUACUAUUAUUUGUAAGAAUUGGAAGAAAUUUUGUAAGAUACACAAUUGGGACAAACGCAACCAAAAACCAUUUUUGUACAUGAGGCACGGCGCAAUACAAAUAUUGCGAUUUUUAGAGGAAAGGAGAAAAUUUGUACAAUUCCUAGCAAUGGGGUUACCCAACCGAACUUUAUACAGUGUACAUCAACGAUUUAGGAAGUUGUACCAAGGAAAUUUACAUGGGAGGUUUAAAGAGGAAGAAGAUAUUCUUAUAUUAGAACACAUAGAAAAUAAUCCCAACGUCAAUCCGAGACACAUGCAUGCAGACUUAGCGAAAAUAUUAAACCGGCCGAGAGACGCUAUCUGGCGUCGUUAUCAAGUGUUACAAAAAUGUAAAAAGAAAGCAGAAGAAGAUUGAUAUUUAUACUUGUUAUUUUUUUAAGGCAAAUUACUUCCUGAGUUGCUGAAAGUUCUUCCGAAAGGUGGAAAACGAGCCUGAAUUUCCGCAUUGGUUAUGUGAUGUUAAAAUAGGUUGAGCUAACACUGAUUAACACUGGAGAUUAUAUUGAAGCGUAUUUAAUAAAAAUGCAUAUAAUUACAA